AUGCAGCGAGGCAGGGUAAGGGCUGUGCGGGCGGUGCUGGCGGCGCUGCUGUGCGCCGCGCUGCUGCCGCCCCGUUCGGACGCCGCCAAGGCGCCCAAGCGCCCGGCGCGGACCCGGACCUGCGGCGAGCGGCCCGAGGAGCUGCUGGAGCAGCUGUACGGGCGGCUGACGGCAGGCAUGCUCAGCGCCUUCCACCACACCCUGCAGCCGGAGCCGCCGGGCCGCCAGCACAACGCCAGCUGCCCCGCGGGGGGCCGCCCGGCGCCCGACAGGAGGUUCCGGCUCCCCGUCAACCUGCGCAGCGCCUCGCCCUGGGCCUACAGAAUUUCGUAUGAUCCCACAAGAUAUCCUAAAUACAUUCCUGAAGCAUACUGUCUGUGCAAAGGCUGCCUCAUGGGAAUCUUUGGUGAGGAGAAUUUCCACUUCCGCAGCACCCCUGUGUACAUGCCGACCGUCAUCCUGCGUCGCACCUCCUCCUGCGCCGGAGGCCGCUACGUGUACACGGAGGAUUACGUCACCAUUCCGGUGGGCUGCACUUGUGUACCUGAGCAAGAAAAAGAGCUUGAAAGUGUAAAUUCCAGCAUAGAUAAGCAAGAAAUGAAGCUGCUAGUAAAUCAGAACAAGCCGUCGUCAGAAUGAAGAAAGCACAAAGGAUCUUGUGUGCAGUAUUGGCUUCACAUCAUCAUUUCGCACCUCAGGAAACUGCAAACCAGCAGAAAACUUAGCAUUUCUCUACUUGCAGCUAUUUCAGUUAUAAGAGGGAAGGUUUUGUCCAGCCGCUCAGAUCACUAGAGAUGACAGUUCAGAUUAAGAACUUUUUAUCUUUUUAAAAUAUUUGUUGCAAAUUCCAAUUUAGCUUUUUUUUUUUUUUUUUUUUUUUUUUUUUUCCUUAUACCAGGACAUUUUACCCUAGCUUAUCCACAGUGAAUUUUAGAAGAGGCUGCAACUAUAAAAUAUGCUAGCUAUUAUUAUGGUAGACUACUGGUUGUAGAUAUCUUAAAGGAGUCGCUUAUACUCUACUUUUAGAUACCCUUAUAUAAAAAAAUCACAUAACUAUUGCACAUGUACCAACUCAGCAGCUAAAAAGAUGAUUUUUCAGGUUAGGAGAGCCUACUUUUAUACUGUGUAUCUUAACUCCAAGCAGUGUUUUUGGCUGUUGUAUUUAUGGGAACCUGUACUGAGCUGAAACAAUAUUCUAUGAGUUUAUUAUUUUAAAAUUUGCCAGAUUGCUAAAAGUAUUGAGAAAAAAAACAUUCCAGAAUUUAGAAAAGCACAGCAGACUUUUUUCAUAUGGACUAAGUCUACCUGCACAGAAAAUAUCAAUUAGAAAAAAACUUAAUUUGGGACCCAGUAAUUCUGUAUUAGAUGAUUUCAUUCAUCAUUGAAAUCUUAAUUGUUAAUUGUGAUAAAACUUUUUAUUCUGUAAAGCUGCAUGGACAAAACCUUUUUCAUGUUAGCAGAGGAAAUUAUCAGUUCAAAUAAAUUAAAGUCAAAGGGUAGGCUUCAUUUCACCUACCUUACAGCAUCUAAGAAAAGAAAGGAAGGCUGGGUGGUCUUGACUCAUAUUCCUCUAUCACGGCAGAGUAAGAGACAGGCUUCCUGAGGGAGAGUCAUCUGCUGAGUCUUUGCCACCUGCCUCAGAUUAAGACGAGUAGCUCUCUGGAGGCCGUGGAGCUUUUAGCUGGGACGGGGGUUGUGACAUUGAGGUGAGUCCCAGCCAAACCAAACGUUAACUCCAACUAAUCAAUAAGUAGUGCUACCAUUUUCCCCUUGCUACGAUAACAGCCCAUCACAAACGAUGGAAAAAGAUUCUUCUGCAGACUCUUGAGGGCAAGUGCUAACUCCAUACCCUAGCUACGCAAGAAGUUGUGUCUGCAGACUGAAGGCUGACUUAGCUUAGUGAAUGAUAGCCAGGAAUAACCAGGCAUAUCUUGUGUGACUCCAAAGAGGACUCCAACCUCCAAAUUUGAUAAAUCUCUGAAUGAACAGCAGAAAAAUACUUUUUUAAGUUGAAGGAUUGUGACUGCAGUUUCAUUACAAAAGAGAAUAAAUACCAUAGGCAGCAAAAUAGUUGCUACAUCAAGAAUCUCAAAAUUAUACUUGGUCCAUGUACAAGAGUAGCUCUGACCACUCCUUUGCUUUAUAACUAAGUAUAACAGUAUUUUUUUUAUAGUGCAAUCUAUCUGGCUUCUUACAUACCCUAAAAGAAUGCUAAGAACUCCAGAAAACGCUGCACAUAACAGAUUCCCAUCACAAUGAUGUCAGAGUGAAGUUUGUUACUGUGUUUCUAUGUAGAUGCUUUUUCACAAUUAUACUUUAGAUCUGUGUUUCCUCAAUUUGUGACCUGUAUAUCUCAGGGGGUCUCAGAGAGGGUUCAGAGGAGGUCAUAAAGUGUUUAUACUACUCAGAGAACAGCUAAUUGCCUAGCUGCUGCCAGCAAUUAAAGGUACUUACCUGUUCCCCAGAGAAUAAUUGGCAAUAUUACAGCCAUUUUUUUUUAAUCCCUCCCAGUGUGGAAGAACUUCUCACCCUCAGAGAAGAGAGAACUGGUAAUCAAAGACAGAAGGGCUCUGAAGGGGAGCAGGUUUACAAAGCUUGAGGAACACUGCAUUGGAUGAUGCUUCAGCAGUCUAAGGUCCUUACGGAUUCACUGCUACGCAGUGGUUGUUCUGCCCACACACAUGCACAUGCACAGAAACAUGUCCGAGAGUAAAGCUGGACCUUUAGACUCUGCAGCAUGUAAGGCAAAUCCUUCAAAGUGUAAGGCAGGGAAAAAAAAGAAAAAAAAAAAAGACACAAUGCUGAACAUUCAGGAAAUAUCCAAAAAAAGAUAUUGGCUGAAGUACAGAAAUUAGUUUAGCUUCUGCCAAACACUGUCCUCCCCCCCCAAAAAAAAAAACUCAUUUGUCUGUCUGUAUCCUUUUUUACACAGAUCAGUUCUACAGCAAAUCAGUUACUAAAGCAGAUGGAUUUAUUUGCAUGAUAUGGAGAAAAUGUCACUUUCUGUUGCAAUUUUCUUGUCCUUCAGUCAUAAAUUAUGGACUCAGUAUGUGGUUUUCAAAUAACUAGAGCAUGUUCUUGGAAUUACUGGGAGUAGCAGGCUAAGAUCAGGCAAAUGGAACACGAUCUCUUUAGCCAAUCCAGAAAAACAGAUGCUUUAGCUUACUCACAGCUUCAGGAAUUGGAUGACUGAAAGGAAAGUAUUAGAGAACUAAAAAAUCUCAACGGAUCCAUAGAUUAUGCAUGUUGGAGACCUCCUUCUCUUCAUACUGCAACAAGUGCAGGAAGCUUCCGAUGGUUGCAGGCAACCUUAUGUUAUCUUACUCAGAAUCCCAUUUCCCCUUUUUAAUGUUCAUUCUCUUUAAAGAACUUUUUAGUUGAGCCAGUUUGCUUCCAGAUCUUGGAAUCUCUUAAAGGCUGUGUUUAUGUUUUGGAGAGAACAACUGUUUGUUAGUACUUAACAGCAAGAGCUAUCAGCUAUACAAACAUUUCUUAACCUUCGUAAUACCCUUUCAUAUAGAACAACUGUCCACAUUACUGAUGUGGAAAAGCUUUGAGUAUUAAAUGUAGUUUGCAUUUGUUUGGAUUUUUUUUUAAGCUAUCAUCACAUCAUGGAUUUAUAUCAGUUUGACCUCAACUGUGGUGUGACAUUUUCCAGCUUCUACCCUUCUGGUUACAACGGUUGUAGCCCUGCCUUUACUUUCCAAGGGAGGAGGGGAGUUCAUUGGAGUUGCUUCAAGGCUCACAAGCUGUUGACACAAGGCAGAUAUGAAAUGCCUCAUUGAACCCACUCCAGCUCCAAUAAAUGCAAACAAUUCAAAGCUGAAACUAUCUGGCAGCUGCAGCUGAUUUGAGAAAAUUUUUGUUGUGCCAGGAAAAUCUUUUCCUUCAAUGAGGUUGUUCCUGGAAUACAUUAGGAGCCACAAACCAGAACAAUAUUCUCAGUGAGGAGAUUAUUUUCUUCUCUGUAGUAUCACUUAACAUAAAUUGGAAAAUUUAUAUCAUGCAGGAAGGUAGAAAUCCGGAGAUGUUAGUUUUGCUUUAUUAGCCAGUCAUUAUGUAACGGUGUUUGUGCAGCUCGGCAGUGGUCUCCAGAUGCAAGCAAACAUGAAAUCACCGGCAGCAAAAGGAAAAAGGGUAGGUAUUACAUGCACUCAGAAAGUCUAAACAUCUCAUCUCUCUGGGACUGAGGAACAGCGUAGCUGCACGGACACGUGAGGCAGAUCUAAAUCUUGUGUGUUUUGCUGAGUAGUGGCACGAGCUACUGCUUAUCUUCGCGGUGCUUCCUGCCACCAAGACUGCAAAGUACCAGAGAGAUACCCAGCUCCCCAGUUUGCUGAGUGGCCUUGGGAACCAACCCAAAGGUCCCGCUUCACAGCUGCACAGUCUGGCGCAGGGGCUGCGCCCUGGCAGAGGGAGGCGCGAAACCCACCAGCAGAACCAUCUCCCACUUGCCCCGGUGCAAAGCGGCAGCCGGGAGGACGUGUGUGUGAUGGGAGGAACCGUGCAAGCAUGUAACAGCGAGAUGAGCGCAACACAAUUUUUGAAAAGGAAAUGAGAUUUGAUGCAUAGUGAAAGCAGUACCGUGGGUUUCAUGCAACAGCAGUUCAAUACUGCAGUUGCCACCUGAGGGAGUGAAGCAGGCAGCUGUGGUAACACUUCUUCCACGUACAGGCAUCAGCCUACGCCCAGGACCGCCGGAUUUCUCUGCCAACUGUCCCACUUGUUUUGACGUAACUGCAGGGCUUUGAGAAGCCUCUUUUGGCUGCACAACGUCUGUCAGUGCAGCUAGGAGGCUGUAGCACGUAUGACUUUUUAUAACUUUAUAGAAGAGGGACAUAUAAAACUUGACCACAUUUAUUCGGUUACAAAGCCAAACUAAGAGAGAUGCUCAAUAAAAGAAACACAAUCACUACUUGA